AAAAUAAAAUCUUAGGGGAAAAAAAAAGAAAUGGAGAGGAGUCCAUCAGGAAGGGCUCCUUGGUAGAAGGUAGUUUUAAACAGGAUUGAAAAAGAAGGGAAUGGACAGAGCUGAGCAGGUGUUUGUUGACUAACAAGAGCUGGGACCUUGGAGAUAUGGAGGGAAAUCGAACAGGGCCUGGCCUCUGAUCUGCUCAAAUCUAGUUGGGCAGGCAAGGUGUGAAUUCAUGAAGAAGCCACUAACCAUGGUGACGCGAUGGUUCUUAGCCUUCACCAACCAUCAGAAUCACAUGGGGAAACUUGUUUAAAAUCCUGAUUCCCAGGCCUCACUAGACCUACUCGUGUGGGAUGGGGUUGAGGAGCUGUGGCAAAUGUGCAGUGUCCUGAGGAGGGAAGGCAUUACCAAAGGAGCGGUUUGAGUUGCAUCUUGAAGGAUGGGUACGAUUUGGAUGUGUGGAGCUGCUGGGGAGUCUGUCCUGGUUGACUUGAGGAGUAACUUUGCUUUGGGUUUGUAGAAAUGGCAUGUGCCAAGUUUCGGAAGUUGGGGUAGGAAAGGCAUUUUGAAAGUGUGAGUGGAAUGAUCAGGCUGGAACACUGGGUUUGCAUGGGAGUGGUGAGAAGGAAGACUGGAAGGAACGGCCUUUGCAGGUGACAGAGGUCACGGGAGUGCUCCCUCUGCCCCCCGCCUCCUCCCCUUACUUCCCUCUUUGUCUUCCCCUUUUUCCUUCCUUCCUCCCUUCCCCCCUUCCCCUCUUUUGUUCUCCCCCCCUCACUUACACAUAACAUUUCUUUCCAUCCUUUAUAUCAAUCUUACGAAGUGGAUAUUAUUCUUAGUAUAGAUGGUCCCUGACUUAUGAUGGUUCGACUUAUGAUUUUUCAGCUUUACGAUGGAUGGUGCAAAAGCGAUAGGCAUUCAGUAGAUCCAGUACAUCGCAUUUUGAUCUUUUCCUGGGCUAGCGAUGUGAGGUAGGAUACGCCUGUGACGCUGGGCAGCAGCAGCGAUCUGCAGCUCUCAGCCAGCCACCUGAUCAUGAAGCAUGGUGUGCCAAGUGGUGCCAUGUCUGCACCUGGGAUCCGAACCAGUGAACCCCGGGCCGCCGAGAAGCAGAACGUGCAAACUUAACCACUGUGCCACCGGGCCGGCCCUGUAAGAGUCUUUUCUGUGUCUGGUGGUCAUCUCACUCACCACUGAGGUGACAGUGACAUGGCUGUGCCCCAGGCCUUCCUGCUGGGGCCCCUCCAUGAGCCUGCAGGUGGCCUGAUGGAGCCCCAGCCCUGCCCUCGAAGCUUGGCUGAGGGCUUCCUGGAGGAGGAGCUUCGGCUUAAUGCUGAGCUGAGCCAACUGCAGUUUUCAGAGCCUGUGGGCAUCAUCUACAAUCCCGUGGAGUAUGCGUGGGAGCCACAUCGCAACUACGUGACCCGCUACUGCCAGGGUCCUAAGGAAGUGCUCUUCCUGGGCAUGAACCCCGGACCUUUCGGCAUGGCCCAGACUGGGGUGCCCUUUGGGGAAGUGAAUGUCGUGCGGGACUGGUUGGGCAUUGGGGGCCCUGUGCUAACCCCUCCCCAAGAGCACCCUAAGCGACCAGUGCUGGGACUGGAGUGUCCACAGUCAGAGGUGAGCGGUGCCCGAUUCUGGGGCUUUUUCCGGAACCUCUGUGGACAGCCUGAGGCCUUCUUCCGUCACUGCUUUGUCCACAAUCUGUGUCCUCUGCUCUUCCUGGCUCCCAGUGGGCGCAACCUCACCCCUGCUGAGCUGCCUGCCAAGCAGCGAGAACAGCUUCUUGGGGUCUGUGACACGGCCCUCUGCCGGCAGGUGCAGCUGCUGGGGGUGCGGCUGGUGGUGGGAGUGGGGCGGGUGGCUGAGCAGCGGGCACGACGGGCUCUGGCAGGCCUGAUGCCCGAGGUCCAGGUGGAGGGGCUCCUGCACCCCUCACCUCGUAGCCCACAGGCCAACAGGGGCUGGGAGACGGUGGCCAAGGAGAGACUGAAUGAGUUGGGGCUGCUGCCACUGCUAACAAAAUGAGUGCCCCUGGGGCACGUAGGACACAGUCAAGGCCCCACGUCAUUCUUGGGCACGCAGAUCUACACGCCUCCUGGACAAGCAACAAGGUCAUCCUCAGCUCCCCGCUUCCCGGGAACCGCGUUCUUUGAUCAUUGGAGCUGUCUUCCGACCCGCUCGGGCAGUCUUGACACUGCUCCUGCUUGCCCUCUGAUCCCUGCUUUCGUCACCUUCCUUUGAGCAUUGCCUCUUUGGCUCUGUGGUACCUAGCUCCACAGAGAGUCAGCACCUGCAAACUGCUCUACCUCACUGUUUCCUUGGGAGUCUCUCUUCAGCUGAGAGUCACCCACACAGUGACUUCUGAGGUCAUAUUUGCUGUUUUAGAGAAAAGAUCCUGCCAGGAUCCCCACCUGUCCUCAUAGAACAGGUUGCUUCAGCUGACCCCUUUCCUCACAGGGACCAGGACAAAGCAUGGGGCAAGGAUGGUAAGAGUGAACUUCUUAUGAGAGACUGAGGCUGGAUCAGAGGGAGAAAGAAUUCAGUGUGGCAGAGUGGGAAAGGCCCGAAGACUGGGAUUUUCAUCCCAGCUUUGAGACUUGUGAACUUUAUGACUUGGGACCAGUUGAUUAACCUCUCCAAGCCUUAGGACCCUCAUCUCUAAAAUAGGGAUCCCUCCCCGUGGGGUUGGUGUGAGGGUUAACUGAGACAACCCUUGAGAAUGCCUUGCAUAGUGCCUGGCACAGGGGUACUCGUUACACCUCUUGCCUCCGGGCUGGGGAGUCACUGCACUACAAAGGAAGCCCCUCCACCCUGAAGACCCUGCUGGGGGGUCUGGGCCUCCUCCUUGGCCAGGCGAGGGGCGGAUUCUAGCCUUGCCAGCAGUGGACCAAUGACUUUAUGAAAAACCCAGCUUAUGAUUUUUCAGUCUUAAGCAUUAAAAGCUCCUAAACCCUUUGUCUUGGUCCUUUCCCCUCCUGCAUGUCAGGGAUGGAAGGUGGUCGUUUAGAUGUUCCUCUCUCUUACCUCUUCACUGUUUGCAAAGGGUUCUCUUGGGUAGCUGAGGGCGUUGAUGUAAACAGACCAGUUGCCUUACCAAAGCUGCAGGGUCUCCGUUAGAGGCCUGUCCCGCAGUUUGGGGACACUGUGGGGAGCAGGGGUGGGUGGCUGGGAGCCUGGGAUCUCCAGCUAACUCGUCUCUUCUGUCUGCUGCAUGACUGGUUGGCGGGCCCCUUUGGUAGGGGCCAGGAGAGUGCUUCGAGUUGGGAGCAGAGCAGGUCCUGAGACCACCUUCCUGAGGAACACACGGUCGAGCUCUAUCUCUUGGGACAGGUGAUCUCCAGCUUUCAAAAUUAAGAUUUUUAGUACAAGUAUCCCCCUCCUCCAGCCAAAGUGUAUAAUAAAGAUUUUUUUUUAACAGAUUGGCACUUGAGCUAACAUCUGUUGCCAAUC